GUCCGCGGCGGCCCGGCCCCUCGGCGCGGCGGGGGCGGUAGAAAGGACGGCGCGGCGCGGCGCGGCGCGGCGGCGGCAGCGGUGCGCGGUGGCAGGCAGGGCCGCGCCGGGCCGGGCCCCGCCGCGCAGCCAGGGUGCCGGCAUGGCUCUGGACUUCCUCGCGGGAUGCGUCGGCGGUGCUGCUGGAGUGCUUGUAGGACACCCAUUUGACACCGUUAAGGUUCGUCUACAAGUUCAAAACAUAGAGAAACCUCUCUAUCGUGGGACCUUCCAUUGCUUUCAGUCCAUCAUAAAGCAAGAAUCUGCUUUUGGACUCUAUAAAGGUAUUGGGUCACCAAUGAUGGGACUUACCUUCAUUAACGCACUUGUAUUUGGUGUACAAGGAAAUACACUUCGUGCUCUUGGAAAAGACACUCCUCUAAACCAGUUUAUUGCAGGGUCAGCCGCAGGGGCUAUUCAGUGUGUCAUCUGUUGUCCUAUGGAGUUAGCAAAGACAAGAAUGCAGCUUCAAGGAACAGGUGAAUACAAAUUGAAGAUGAAGAACUACAAAAAUUCUCUGGAUUGUUUGGUCAAAAUCUAUCGAAAGGAAGGGCUGAGGGGUAUCAACAGGGGCAUGGUCUCUACAUUCAUAAGAGAGACACCAAGCUUUGGCUUUUACUUCCUGACCUAUGACUGUAUGACCAGAUACUUAGGCUGUGAAGCUGAAGACAGUUAUAUUAUUCCCAAACUGCUGUUUUCUGGAGGGAUGUCAGGAAUUGUAUCCUGGCUCUCAACCUACCCUGUGGAUGUGAUCAAAUCCCGGCUUCAAGCAGAUGGAGUUGGUGGAGUCACACAGUACAAUGGCAUUCUAGACUGUGUCAGAAAGAGUUACCAUGAUGAAGGCUGGAGGGUGUUUACAAGAGGUCUUACUUCUACACUUCUCCGUGCUUUUCCUGUCAAUGCAGCCACUUUUGCUACUGUCACUGUGUUCCUCAUGUAUAUGAGGUCAGAAGGCGACCUUCGCGAAUGUGAGCCAGGUCCAGCAAUCCAGCAGCCUUCGAGUUUGUGAAUAUUGUUUUUGUUCUUUUGAUCCAAAGCCCAUUUGUUUCUUUUAAUGUAAACACUUGACCUGAAGAAGUGGUGUAAAUAUACUCUCUCUCUGUAAAAAUUCCUAAAUGUGUCAAAAUUAGGGUUUCAUCUCAUCACUUGUACAAGCAGCAUAUGGCCUUACUAAGGACUUAAUAUCUAAUAGUAUCCAAAUAAGAUGGGGACCUGCCUUUAGAAAGUACUGUACAGAUACUGCUAUGUCUCCAGAAUAGGAUCUGGAGGACACCAUAGUACCAGAAAUCAGGUUUUCUUCCACCCAUGUUCUGAGUGACUGAGUUGAAUCAAAUGCAGAAGUGUUUUCAGAAAAGAAAUGUUCUUUUUGUAUAUGACAGGGAUAAGUAUAGUCCUCUAAGGUGAAGCAGGGGGAGAGGAAAUUAAAUGUUGACAGCAUUUUGCAGGUAACCCUGAACUGUUCAAGACAUGGAAGAACAUUCAGCUAGCCAUGUGCUUUACUUUUCCUCUGCUUUUAUGUCAGUGGUUUUAGUAGCAUCUUUGUUCAUAUUUGUUUGUUAAGAACUGAUUUGUUCCUAAGCUACUCCCUCACCUUUCAGCUUUGCUUAAAUAUCUGAAGUGCAAACAGAGUUAGCAUCUUUACUCAUGUGCACUUGUUUGUUUAAAUUUCAAGUCUAGUAAGGAUUUAGGAUAAUUCAAAGCUAGCAAAAUUGAUGUUCUUUGUCUUCACCUUUAUUUCUUAUUUGGUGGGUGCACAGAAUGUAUUAACCAGCUUCAGCCCAAGUAGACUUUGUUCUCUGAAGUUUGUAACUUGGUACCACUUCUCUGAAAGUGCAGCAUAGCAGCCAGCGCUGUGUAGAAAUCAAAGUCCUACCUGUGUUACUGCUCAUAACUUAGUGGGUGCAAUGUUAGCUUAGCAGCUUGAAGUACUUUAGAAAUAUGUACAUCUUUAGCAGUGGAGGUUUCACACCUUUCCAGAAAAUAGGGGUGCAAGUGCCUGAAAUGGUUAGUGUUCAAUACACUUGCAUUAUGAAUUUAAACAAUACUGGUUUUUAAGAGGUUAGUUAUAGUGCUACCAGAAGGAAGACUGAAAAGGGUUUUGGAGAAUUUUCUCGUUACAUUAAUCUACUUUAAUAUUUUUAGCAGUCCAUUCAAGAUGGAUUACUGUAUUCUAAGAGCUAUAAACAGUUAUUUAACAUUUGGAAUAAGAACCACACACAUUUGGCACAAAUAGCCAGGAGAAAGCAGUGCAUGUGUGUGGGGAGGGUUGGGGGAACCUUUCAGAAGUAUCAAGCUAGCUCAGUAAGUACAACUUGUUACACUUUUGCUUGGGACAUGUGCAAUAUGUGUUUAAUUUAUAUGGAUUUUCUAAAGAAACCUUAAUUCAUAGCAUUUUGCACUGUAACAAAGCAUGCUGGAGAAACCUGUAAAACUGGUAUGUCUUUUUAUACCUUGGAGGUAUGUCGGAUGUUUUAGUGCCUACUUGCACUGAGAUUCAAAUUGAAUGUUAAACAUGUCUACUAAGCUGCAUAUGCACAACAAUUCAAAGCAAAGAAUUUACACCUUUGUACAGUGGUCUGUAAUUAUUGUAUACAAAACUGAGGGAAUAAAUUUUUAAAAAAUUUUGACUUUA